AUGCUCUCGUCGCCGGUGUCAACACACGACCUGGGCGAUCCAUCCACCUGGCGUCCCGACGUCCCUGCCUCGCAGAUCUUCGAGGAGAAGACAUGGCUUCAGGGCUCAUUCCUCUCCGCCAUCGCCUACGGCGUCGUGGUGACCCUUUUCUUCCUCAACCUCAGCCUCCUCCUCGAGCGGCUGAAGAAGGACCCCUCGAAUUGGCGCACGAGCUCGAGGACACGGCAGAACCUCGCGCUGAUUGCCUACGUGGGGGUGAUGUUCAUACUGAGCACGUUGACCGUUGCGUCGCAGGCGGAGAUGACGCAGCUCGGGUUCAUCGUGAACAGGAAUUUUCCUGGAGGUCCUGCUGCCUUCCAGAACAUCAUGUUCUCGAUACCUAUCAGUAGGAUAGGGAAUGUCUGUUUUUCGUUGAUGAAUUGGUUUGCGAAUUGUGUUCUGCUCUGGAGAUGUAUUGUCAUCUACAAGACGUCGACCCUAUCUAUCACGAAAGUCAUCGCAGUACCGGUGAUUAUGCUCCUUGCCUCCUUCGUGACCGGCGUUAUAUACCUCACACAAAUCUCCCGACCCGGAUCUUCACCAUGGGCCACAGAGACCUUCACGCUCAUCUACGGCGUCAUCAGCCUCUCACUCAACAUCAUUCUCACCGUUAUGAUUGUCGUCCGCCUGUACCUCCAUCGGCGGCGGGUAGUGCGGGCGAUUGGGGCACGGCACGGCUCGCAGUACACCGGUAUUAUCGCGAUGCUCAUCGAGUCGGCCUUCGUGCUUGACGUCGUCGUCAUCUGGUUCAUCGUUGCAUUUGCGAUUGGGUCGCCGCUCGCGAACAUCCCCCUCUCCACCCUCGUCCAAGUCCAGACUAUCGCUUCGUUCAUGAUCAUCUUCCGCGUGGCCACCGGCACAGCGUGGGCGUCAUCAAGCGUCGCUGAUCGCGAUAUGGGGACAAAAGAGAUAACGAACCGCAUAGAGAUUUCAGCGAUACGCUUUGGUCGGCCUGGCACAGAGACCGUCACCGCUAUCGACGGCUCGCACGGGUCGCACUCACGAGCGAAGAGCAUUGAUAUUGAGCUCGUACCGCCGUCGAUAUCGCAGACAAUGACACUGAACGAUUCGAAGGUGUAA